AUGGGGCCCUGUUAUGUAAAAGAGCGUCAGCUAGCAUCAGUGCUAACAAUAAACAAUUCUUUAAAUAAAACAUCACAACUUGGGAACUCAGAACAAUCAACACUGAAAAAAAAUCUUCUAAUUUCUCAUGGUGUUAGGCAGAAGACUUCCACAAUUAAUAGAAAUUACAAAAAUUUUAAAACAACAUCAGAAACAAUUAGAAGAAAAACUGACAAACACAAGCACCAAGGCAAGCUGCCCCGAAAUAACAUUUUAAACUUUUUCAUGAAUCAGAAUAAGCCACAACUCAUUACCAGUGAAGGCUUGAAAACACAUGUUUCCAAAAAGAGGACAGGAAAUGGAAAAAUAACUUCAACUGAAACAAAUAUGGAGCUAACAGAAAAAGCAAGAAAAAUUCUAAAGCUUGGGAAAACUGAAAAUACUAAGGUAAUAAGUCAACAUAAAAUUAAUUCAGAUCUAAUGAAUGAAUUUCAAUUUGUUGAAAAGAACACUGCAAAUAAGAAAAGAAAGCAACUACAAAGAAAGUUGUUUGACAGUUCUGGUAUAUUUAACAAAUGCUUUAGAACUAAGUCAUCGUUGAUUAAUACAACUUUUUUGACAGCAAAUCUUCUAUCAACAGUUAAAGGAAAACAUUGCAGAAAAAAUCUGGAAGACUUAGAAAGCAUUUUGGUAUUAAACGUAGUAAAACUUCAGAUGCUCAAUAAAAGUAGUCAAAAUCAAACUAAAACAAUGAAAAAGAAAAAAAAUAAGCAUACCAAUGAAAGAGUUGUAGUAUUUGUCAGACAAAAGGAAUCAGCUAAAAAGAGUUAUCAAACAUGGAACUGGGAAAGAAUUCAUACAAUCAGCAGCGAUCAAUAUAAAAUAUUAACUGAUGCAAGAAAAGUGUUAUUAAGUGCAGAAAAGAAAAGUCAACAUAUUGAACUUCAUAAAUAUGGACAUACACCUAACGUGUUUCAGGAAAUAACUGGAUCUAUAAACAGUAUACCAAAUGGAAUAAGCACUUGGAAUAGAAAAUCAGAAAGAAUGUCUACUAGGCCUUAUAGUAAAACGCAAAAUAUUUUAAACUCAAUGAAAAAACGAUCAGUAGGAUUAAAAAAAGGUCAACCAAAUAUGAAAGACAUAGGUGCAAUGGACACAAUAGGAAAACCAGACAAAAAUAAAGAGAGCAUAGAUGUAUUAUUUAAUAGCUUGCCAGAAAAUGGAAGCAAAGUAAUUAUUCAAGGCAAAGAACAAAGAACUAAAAAAACUCCAAAAUCUAUAGAUGAAAAUCAGAUAUAUUCUUCACAAUCAAUGAUCCUGCAAAAAGGCACAGGAAAUGUGCAGGGAAAAUGGCUAAAAUAUAAAACUGAUUCUUCGAGCAUUCAUGAAAGAAAACAAGAAUUUUUAAAAACUGAAGCUUAUAGAAAACAGAAAUGGAGAAGGAAUCUGGCUGAAGUACAUAUACCUAAAAAAGAAAGUACUGUAUUUAGAGUGAAAGGGAUAGAAUAUUCGUCCAGAAAUGACCACAUAGAACCUACAAAGAUAAAUUUUGACUUUCCAACCACAAAAUAUGCUGUAAGUUUUAAACAUGCAUUAUUUACACCAGAAAUAGGACAAGCAAAGUCUUCAAGACAAGUGGGGGAAAUGGUGGCACAUAGCAUGUCAACUUCACGGAAGGUAAAACAGAAAUAUUUAAGCUUUGCACGAAAGGAUUUAAAAGUAAACUUUAGAAGAGCAGCUGUAUCAAACAAACAAUCUGAGGACAUUAAAUAUAAAAUACUUAAUAAGCAAUAUUAUUUACCAGUGCCUUUGAUAUAUCCUUAUAAACACACUUCUCAAAGUGUAUCCAAUAGUGAAAGAAGAAAACGAUCAGCACAUGGUGAAAGUGUAAAGCUAUCUGUAGAUUUUGUGAACCAUUUAGUCUCCGUUCUAGUAGCCGGUGCUACUAUUGUUGGAAUUGCCUUCUUUGCUUUGGGAUUAACAGUGUUUUACCUGUUUUAUAAAAGAAGGCAGCUUUUUCAGUUUCUCAGAACCAUUAUGAAAGAUGAAGAACUUCCAAACAAAUUUGUACCAACUGAUGCUCAACCCUAUAAACAUGUAUCUCUCUCUCAGAGUUUUCAUGUUGGAAAAUCACAGGACUCAAGCAAAAAGCAAACAGAGGCAGCAACAGCUGCUAAAGGUAAUACUACAGAUGACUUUUGUUCUGUUACAAAAACAGUCAUGUCUAACAGCUCUGAUUCAGAGGUCAACUUUAAUAUGCCGAGCAGGAGUUUGACUAUAAGUUCCAGGGCUUCCUCAUCUACACUUUCAUCCAGCGGGAGUAUUGAAACAUCCUGUGACUGUUUAUCAGAUGAUUCCACUUCUCAUGUUUCCCCCUCAAAUGACAUUUGUACAGGAAACCGGAACUCAUACUUGUCAAGUACUAACAGAAAGCAAAGAGUUAAAAUUCCUGUCGUAUUUCAGUCAAACCACUCAUUCUGUGAUGAUCAAGAAAAUGAAAAUUCUACAUUCCCACAACUUGGAAAAACAAGGAUUCCAAAGUCAAGAACUGAAAACAAAACUGUCACAGCUUCUCCCUUUAAUGAAACACUGACUAUAAUGAAAUCAAGUGAAGAUAUUUCUGAGUCAGCACAAAGAUCCAUGGGUAAUAUUUGCAAAUCCCAUUCAUUGGAUUCCAGUAGUCUCAGUGAUUGAGAUUAAUCAUUUCCCAGAACCAGACAAUGACGAAUGAAUAAGCCUAUGAGAAAUAUAAAGAACGACAGACUUGCUUUUGUAACAGUAAAAUCUGUACUAAGAAUGUACCAAUAGUAAUUUUUUUAAAAGUAUUUACUCAAACUGAUACAAUUUCUGAAUUAUUUUUCAAGAAAAUAAAGUUGACUAACAACACCUUUUGCUGACUUGUUUU